AUGUCGAGAAUCGGACUUCUGGGACAAAUUUCGGAAGUAACCGGGCAUCUGUAUCUGUCCGGUGCAGGUGUGCUUAAAUUAGACAAGUUACGUCAAAAGAAAAUUUCUUGUAUCAUAAAUGCAACUAUUGAAGAACCAUCCACACAUUUUCCUGGGAUUGAAUAUCUGAAGAUCUCAAUAGAAGAUAGUCCAUAUGCGAUGAUCAAUCAGUAUUUUGAUAUUGUUGCUGAUAAGAUCAAAGAGAUAAAGGACAGAGGUGGUCGGACUUUGGUGCAUUGUGUAGCGGGAGUUUCUCGAUCAGCUACUUUAUGUGUAAUUUAUUUGGUAAAACAUGAAGGAAUGACAUUACGUCAGGCAUAUCAUUACGUGAAAUCUGCUCGACCUGUUAUCAGGCCUAAUUUAGGUUUUUGGAGACAAAUGAUUGAUUAUGAACGUAAAUUAAAAGGUGUAAAUUCGGUACAAAUGAUUGAAGCAACUUAUGAUGGUACAGCUAUACCUGACGUAUAUUGCUCUGAGUUAAAACGAAGAUGGGUUCAGAAUCAUAUAUCACCUAAAAGUACUUCACGAAAUAUCUCAAUUACCCAAAUUCCCUUCAAAUAUUCACAUAACUCAUCGUCAGUAAUUAUUUUCAUUUCUAAAAAAACAUUUGGCACUCCUUCAAGUUCAUCAUCUUCAUCAUUUCCUUCAUACCGUCGAUCAACAUCACCUUCAAUUGUACCAACACUAUUUUCCGUUCCAUCACGACAUUAUCCACCUUCAUUACUUACAUCUACAUUAUCUCGACGUCGUGAGAGUGACUUAUUCGAUUUAUAUCACCCUACUUUUUCUACUUCUUAA